AUGAAAAAUAAUUGGAAUGACGAUGUGGCAAAACAACGAAAACGUGGUUUUAAUUUACCACCCGACGAUUAUGUGUAUGGAAUUAAAUCUUUUCCUGCUUCAGUUGAAGUGGAUGGCGUAGCAGCUGCUCUCAAACAAUAUUGUACGUUUGAACAAUGCAAUGAAUUUAUACCCAAAAAACUUAUUGUUCGAGAUUUUAUCGCAAUGAAUAAAGCAACCGCCAAACUUGGUCUAACAAAAACAAAGGAUGUUGAUCAUUUUAGAGCAUUACAUGAUAUCAAAAAAGAGAUUUGUUUCUAUAAUUGUACACGUACAAAGAAGAAAUCAAUUCCAUCGGAAAUUGUACAUGGUAUAGCGACUAGAACAGCGCCACCGAUUCGUGAUUUAAUUCAGAACAAAUAUCUUCACAAUUGGUUACAUCAGAAUUCUAUACGCCGAUGUAAAGAACUACUAAAAUGUGAGAAUGCAAAAAAUGUUUCAAGAACCGUUUAUUUGACCAAAGCGUCUUUACUAAGACAACAUCGUCCAAAAAUUGAUUCCAAACUUUCCUGGAAAAUUCCGUAUUUUGAGAAGGUUAGUGGUAUUUAUUGUACAAAUAAAUGA